AUGCUGCUUCGUCGCAGCCCCGCGACCCGACCGCGAUGGCGACCGCUGUGGCGACCGCUGUCCGACCCGCCGUCCAACCCGCUGUCCGACCCGCCGUCUGUCCCGCCGUCCGACCCGCCCGGUCGCGCGCGCCGGCGUCUGAUGACGCUCGCGAUUGAGACGUCCUGCGACGACACGUCGGUUGCCAUUGUCGAAAAGGGCGUGCGCGACGGCCGCACCGUCGCGCGACUGCACUUCCACAAAACCGUCACCUCGAACAACCACGCGUUCCAGGGCGUGCAUCCGCUGCUGGCGCUCAAGUCCCACCAAGAGAACCUGGCCGCCCUGGUUGCCGACGCCAUUGCCCACCUGCCCGACCACGGCGGCGCCCGCAGACUGCCCGACGUGGUGGCCGCGACGCGCGGCCCCGGCAUGCGCUCGAGCCUAAUGUGCGGCCUCGACACGGCCAAGGGCCUCGCCGUCGCCUGGCAGCAGAAACCGCUCGUCGGCGUCCACCACAUGCAGGCCCACGCCCUGACGCCGCGCCUCGUCGCCGCCCUCGACGCCUACGCGGCCCCCCUCGACGACGGCCCCGGCGCCCUGGCGCCCGCGUUCCCCGUCCUCUCGGUCCUCGCCUCGGGCGGCCACACAAUGCUGCUGGCCUCGGCCUCGCUGACGGCCCACACGCUCCUCGGCAGCACCGCCGACGUGGCCGUCGGCGAAUGCCUCGACAAGGCCGCGCGCGCGAUCCUGCCGGCCGAAGCAAUGCGCGGCGCGAAGAGCACAAUGUACGGCGCGCUGCUCGAGGCCUUUGCAUUCCCCGCCGCGCCGCCCGAGGCCUUUGCAUCGCCCGCCGCGCCGCCCGAGGCCUUUGCAUUCCCCGCCGCGCCGCCCGAGGCCUUUGCAUUGCCCGCCGCGCCCGCCGGACUCACGGCGGCCCAGUACCUGCACGCCCACGGCGCCGCCCACGGCUGGUACGCGCCGCCCGCGAACAACGAGGCCGCCAUCGCGCGCAGCAGGACCCGCUGGGGCUGGAGCAUCGCCCCGCCGCUGCUGACCACGGGCGGCGGCGCCAAGAUAAACGGCCUGGCCAUGUCCUUCUCCGGCCUGACGACCGCCGUCGAGCGCCUCGUGCGCUUCCCGACCGACCCCGAGACGGGCAAGCUGGGGAGCCGGGAGAGGAGCGCGGAUGAGUUUCCUGUCGAGGAGAGAAGGGACAUGGCCCUGGCCGUCCAGCGCGCUGCGUUUGAGCACAUUGCUUCGCGCGUCGUGCGCGGUCUGGCCGUCAUGGCCGGCAAGGAGCAGCCUGCCCCCGCCGUCGUCAUGGCCGGCGGCGUCGCUUCCAACGCCUUCCUGCGCCACCUGCUCGCCGCCACCCUCGUCCACCACGGCCACGGCCACGUGCCCCUGUUCUUCCCGCCCCCCGAGUACUGCACCGACAACGCCGCCAUGAUUGCCUGGACCGCCAUGGACAUGUUCGAUGCCGGGUACAGGGACACGCUGGGAAUCAGAGCCGUCAGGAAGUGGCCGCUGGACCAGCUGUUGAAUCCCCAGUACCAUGACAAGAUUUGA